UUUUUCUACGGUAAAUAUAGCAUCAGGAGUAUUUAGUAAAUACUAUUUACUGUUUAGUUUUAAUAUUUACAAUUUAGUAUUUACAAUUUAACCUUCUAAUAGUUCUAACCUUUAACGUUAAUCGUAAUUAAUUCGUCUAGCUUUUAUUAUUUGAAAGACCGCAUCACAACAAAUGUUAUUCUAGUGUGUCCACCGAUUUAGUAACCAUGUAGUAUGUUAUCCAGCAAAUAAGUCUGUUAAUUUAAAUCAUUCUUAUUCUUGCCAAGAUGUUUGAAUACACGUCAUUGUUGGUUUACACUCUGUUCUACAUGAUCGUCUCUGCUUGUUUUGUGCUCAGAACUACUGAAUUUGUAUCUAACGGUCUGACAGUCGAAAACCUGUUUGAUACAGUAAUUGACAAAGAAUACAACAAUUUCAUUUUACAUCACAUCAAAAGAACAUCAUAUAGCAUCAUUGUACACUCAAGUCUGCCGUUAGUAUAUUUACUAGGCACACUUCUAGUCAAUGACAAUGAAAAAGCAUUUGUGAGUGUAAACUUUUACGAGUUGAUUUUUUUGGCAUUGCUGCCUAUCACUUUUAGCUUUUCAGUAAUAUCCAAAUGGAAAUCAAAUAAUUGGGCCAACCAUCCAUUAUCCAUUAUUUUGAGUCGUUACAAUCCUGAUGACUGGACAAUUAUAGCACAAGAAAUUUCAACUGAAUAUCAAUGUCUUCAAAAACUGACGUUAGCCUAUGGUACAAUAAAUAGAACAGUCGUUACUCAAAAUUGGAUAAUAUCAAUAAAACCUUAUAUGCUUUAUGUUUCCAAGAAAUCAGAAAGUUCUUUCUUAGUUUACAGUUCGGAUAACCAUAAUUCUACACCUGAUGGCACUCCGGGUAGUAUACAAUUUAUCAACAUUCAAGUGAUACCAAUUCGAUCUCGAAUUAAAUGGUUUUUUGUUAGGAUAAGGUCUGAAGAUUUUAAAACACUUGAAGAACAUAUUGGACAUCCUAUACAAAUUGCAGAUAAUGUCAAGUUACAGCGCUCAAGAACUGAACGUUUUAUUGAAGUAUUUCGUGAUCAAGUUUCCCAAAAUCCAGUAUAUAAUGGUUACAGCUCAGCAGAAUUAGCAGAUGAAGUAUGCGCUGGUUGCUUAGUGAAUCCUCCAGAUGUUAAGUUAACCAAAUGUUGUGAAGAUAGCAAUGACAAUGUAAAUUGUUCUUCGUGUCAAUGUAGACCUAUGUGGUGUGUUGAUUGCAUGGCUAAAUGGUAUGAAUCAAGGCAACCUCAAAAUGACACAACCAUAUGGUUAUCAUCAAAAUGUACUUGUCCACUCUGUCGCCAAUUGUUUUGCAUUCUUGAUGUCUGUCCAUUACAAAAUUCUGAUUUAGCCAAGACUAAUUAAGUACUUGUUGCUUUGACAACACUACUACUGUGAUAAUGUUUGUAGUAUAAAUAGUAACUUUUAAAUUAUUAAUGUUUUGUAAUCUCAAAUAUUUAAUUUAUUAUGUUAA